AUAAACACAUUAACAAAGAAAAUACAAUAAUAAUCUACAUAUAACUGACAAGCAAAACAUUGAACAAAAUUGCAUUUUCUAUUAAAACAUAUCGAUUUUUAGAAGGUUGCAGGGGUUGCCACUAUAAGCUAAGCUUGACUGCGUGGCAAACCCAGAAAGCAAUGAUAAUUAUUAUUCAUCCUACAUAUCUUAAUGUAAGGGUUGCAGGUGCAUAAUGGCGGGGGGGGGGGGACACUUGGUCCUCAUAAUGUAUGCUUUAUUUUGAUUAUUGGUUGUUGUUUUUUCUGUUUUUAAAAUUAUGUGUUUCAUAAGAUAUAGAGAAAUAACAAUUUUCCAUUUAACUUUGUGAAUAUUUAUUCAAUAAUAAUGAUUUAAUACCUUUUUUGAAAGGAGAAAUGAAUCUUAACUGUUUCAGUGAAUUUGGCAAUGUAUUCCAUAUAUCAGGCACAUGAUGUCUAAGCGUUUUAUGUGCUAAUAGUGUUCUAGGAUUGUCUAAGUGAAUAUUCUGACAAGUCCGUGUUGGAUAUGAAUGUAAGUUGUUAUUAUAUGAAAAGAAAUCGGUAAAUCGGUAGGAUCAGUGUGUGAAAGAUAUGUUGAUUUUGUGCAGAUCCUAGCAGCUUUAUUUUGUAAUAAAAGUAAAUGUUCAAGGUUGGUUUAACUACAGUUUCCCCAAAUAAGGUUACAAUAAUUAAUAUAAGGUAGUACCAAUGCAUUGUAUAUCAUUAAAAUGGAAUGCUCUGGCAAAAAAUACUUCAAUUUGUAUGAUAUUCCAAUUCCUUUAGCCAUUGAUGAGGAUAUAUUGCUUACGUGUUGGUUCCAUGAUAAAUGUUUGUCUAUUGUAAUACCAAGAAAUUUCACAUAUUCUUUUUUUAUCUAUUGGCUCAUUGUCAAUUAGAAUGUCUUGGGGAAAAUCGUCAUUCCUAUGAGUAGUUUGAAAAUGAACAUAAUGAGUUUUACUUAUGUUUAAGGAUAACUUGUCACAUUUAAACCACGACGAAACAUUUUUUAAUUCCAAAUUCAUUAUAUUAAUCAAUUCAUCUAAAUUUCUAUGAAAUAAUAAAAUUUUGGAGUCGUCAGCUUAUAAAAUAAACGAAAGAAUUUGGGAAGAAUUUACUAUAUCAUUGAUAUAUAUUAAAAACAGAAGUGGCCCCAAAAUCGAACCUUAUGGCACUCCACAAUUAAGAAAGGACAACGGAGAUUUAAUAUCAUUAAUAGAGACGAACUGUUGUCGAUUUGAAAAAUAACUUUUAAUCCAUGACCAGGCAACUCCACGUAUUCCGUUAUUAUAUAAUUUAUGUAAUAAAAUGUUAUGGUCAAUGGUGUCGAAGGCUUUACUUAGGUCCAUAAAUAAAGCAAUUGCCAAUAUUGCCAAUAUUGGCUAACAGUAUAGAAUUUCACUGAAUCAGCUCAUUUUUCUCUCAAAUCAUUAUUAGCUGUUUUGGGAGGAUAAACUUAAUAGCUUUCUUCGCUAUUCACAAGUUAUGAAAGAGCACACUAGUAAACAUAAGAAACAUACAAUGUAACGAAAGUUUUGACAUGUUUCGCUUUCCGUAAUUUUAUCACUGAGUUAGAACGUGGUCUAAAGUUAUACCGGACUUCAGAAUACGGGACAUAUCAUGUUUAACAAUAACUAACUUGGUUUUCUUUACGACAUUCAAGCAUAGGGGGAAAACAGAGUAAACAUGAGAAACGUAGUAAACAUGAUUAUAGGCCUAUAUAAUUUUAUGGCGAUGAGGGCAUUUUUAGCUUCAGAUGAUUUAAGGACAUAUUUAGACCAUGACCAAGGGGCGGCGAUCCUGGGGGAGGGGGCGGGGCGCACAGUGCCCCCAUUCUUUGAAGCACUGAAAGAGUGCCCUUUUUACGCAAGAAAAAUGCCCUUCAUGAACGUGUCAGUGCCCCUUUCAUCAGAAGAGGGCCCAUUUUAGGUAUUAGCAAGUGACAUAUCUUGUAACAGUGCCAAAUUGUACCAAAUAUUCCCCCUCAUGAACGUGUUCUGUGCCCCUUUCACCUGAGAAGGAUCCGUUUUAUGUCUGAGCAAGUGUUCCGUUGCCUUCUUUUAAGUGCCCUUUCUCGAAUCAGUGCCACUUUUUACCCAAGAAAAGUGCCCACAUGAACGUGUUCUGUGCCCCUAUCACCUGAGAAGGGCCUGUUUUAUGUGUUAACGAGUGCCCCUUUACCUUCUCAUAGGUGCCUCUUCUUCAUAUCAGAUAAGGUGUCCUGAAAAACCACUCUUUCCGUGCCCGAUGAGCGCCCGGUACUUAUUUAGCUAUGAAUAAAAAACUUGUAAAAAUAACCCCACGUGCCUUAAGUUUCAUGAGUCAUUGUGAGUUGGGUAGAUAAGUCUUUUCUUUGGUUUUAAGAUCAUGGCCGUACACAGGAAAGGUAGGCAGCCCCCCCCCCCCGAAAUUUUUAAAACUCGCAUAUUUUUUACUGCAAACAAAAUUCACCAAAAGUAUGCACAAAAUUAAUCAAUUUCACUUAACAAAAUGCAAGAGUGCCUCAAUGAUAAGCUCGGUCACUUCGCUCCCUCGUUUUUGAGUUUUUUUCCAAAAAGUUUACGUGUGCUGAGCCCAGCAAAAAUGUCUGCAUACGUCAAUUUUUAAGAAAGUGCCCUUUUCGAAAGAAAAUGUGCCCUUUAUCCCUGUGCCCCCUUUCAACUUCGCUCCGCCGCCCCUGCCAUGACCAAAAUUGAGUGGACUGGACUUCAGACUGACGAUUGUGUUUACCUGUACAAAAACGCCCCUGAGAAGGUGAGAUACAGCAUGCUGUCAUUGUCUAUUCGCAAACGAUGACGUAUUUAUGAAGGGUCACGUGCCAGUCCAUUAAACAGACCAGUAUACUGUAGUUGCUAACAUGAAUUCCGUCUGCUGAUGUUGAUAGACAAUUUUCAUUGCGUUCAUGGCACUGCUAUUGAAUUAGAAUAGUAAAGUACAUGCACAAAUCAAUUUCGGAAAAGGUUUUAAUAAUUCCUCGCAUUACAUGCACAUGACGAAUCAACUCGGUGCACACUGCGUAACUGUACUUAUUAAUCAACUACUAGAAUUUAAUACAACCGUCUGAUUGUAGAUCUUUUGUAAAGAUAUUCCGGAUGUAUAGCACGGACGAUAAACGUAAUCUCUGCCAGGAGGAAGCAGAUUCUAGAACCACUGAUCUGUCACAACAGCCUGCGUCCUACCCUCGAGCACCACAAUACCAGUAUGGCACCCAGGCUCAUCAUGAACAACAGACCUACUGCUACCCAACCCAACCUGUGGCUCCUCCACCAAGUGUGCUUCCUUACGACCUCGAUCAGGUGAUGGUAGUCCCGUUCGUACCUCGGAAUAGGGGUGUGUACUCUCCCAAAUCACUUACCCUGGCAGUCAUCCUCUGCAUCCCAAUCAUGGGUCUGUUCGGAGCGCAUCACUUCUACCUGAACAACAUGCUGCUUGGUGGUCUCUACUGCAGUACCAUGGGUAUCUUUGGUAUCGGGUGGGUUGUGGAUUGGUUCAGGAUCCCAUGGCUCGUUAAGAGGUGCAACCAAGAUAUGAAGGAGACGCACGAGAAAGGCCACUGGCUGUUCUCUAUCAAUAGAUUCAUUGGUCCUCUUACGAAGAUCUCCUUGAUCGAUGCAUACCUCAUGUGGCUGCCCCCCAUGGGCUUAUUUGGAAUGCAUCACUUCUAUCUUGGACGCACCCGUUAUGCCGUGUUCCAAACCUUUACCUUUGGCUUGAAUGUGAUUGGAUGGGCUGUUGAUCUCUUUCGGAUGCCGUGGCUAGUCCGCAAGGCCAACGAGGAUGUUACCAAGAUGAAAGCUGGCAUCAAGGUUGAAGACCCGUCAUACUCACUCAUGGAUGCCUAUCUUAUGGCUGUUCCUCUAGGGCUGUUCGGAUUUCACCAUUUCUACCUUGGUAACACCAGGCGAGGUAUCCUCUUCCUCUGCACGUUUGGAGUCUUUGGUCUGGGAUGGCUAGCGGACCUAUUCCAAAUGCCACUGAUCGUCUCUGAGGCGAACAAGGAAAGGCAGCUCCGGGAACGACUGAAUGGAGUACUCACCCAUCACCGAAAUCAAGCGUCCGCAACGACUGUGGUUGUCGUACCUGCUGGGGAUAGAUACCAAGCCACAGCCGGUUACCUAAUUGAGCAACCUCCAGCUUACUCAGCCCAAGAUACAACCGGACCAAAUAAUCACGACCUUACUGUACAAAACGUGCAAUUACCACCACAAAAUGGCUGCAACUCGAUGGCUGGAUCCGAAAAAGGUGGAAAAUUUGUCUCCUGAGAUCCUCAAAAUUAGAACUUGUAUUCUAUUCAUACGCCAGCAUCAUUGCUUGCGUCCAUAAUUAAUUGUUAAAUCAUUGUAUCCAAGAAUUAAAGUGGUUUCCACGUUCUUGUGACUUUAUGCUAUUAACAUUUAAAUUCAAUAGGCUGAUUUAUAAAGCUAGUGCAGUGAUGAAUAACAAACUAUGUAUGCCCUGCUCUUCAUUUGUCAUUCCGCGUCGAGUUGGACUGAAUAAGGACAUAGGUGACUUCGGUGCAUCCUUUGAUCACGGCAUAAUAACUGAAAAUGUUAUAAGCCAGUUUUGAUUGUGAAGUACCAUUUUUUGCAGCUAUCGGCGUCCAUAUUCAUUUUCGAAAUCAACAUAAAUACAUGGGAUAGAACUAUUAAACCAUUCCACGUUUGCUUUACAUCAGCAAUGAAUCCAACACCCGACAUGAUAUUAAUUCAUUAUCAUGAUAAUCUAUAAAGUAUGUUGAGUUUAAUGGAUUUGUAUCAAUAUCCUAUAUAUAUAUUCUAUAUGCGUAUUCUAUAUUUUUUGUAUACAUUUGCAAACCAGAGAAAAAGAGAUCAAUGUAUCAAUCUAUAAUUUACUGGACCUCGAGAAGAAGGUGGAAUCACAGGGGAAUUCAAUAACCAGUAAUUCAAUGUGUGUAUCAAACCCUCACAAAUACACACAAUGCCAUAAUAAAUCUCUACCUGUGAAAAAUAUGUGGGUUUUUUUGUCCCACUUUUUUUUUUUUUUUUUUUUUUUUUGGGGGGGGGGGGGGGCCAGUCUUUCAUACGUAAUUACGUAUCUAAACAAUGACAGAAUGUGCUAGCAUGUUGUAAAGCUGCGAGCUUGUUCAAAUUGAAUUAUGUCGCCUGGCGAAAGUUAUCAGACAGAGGUAUAUCGUUAAAGUAGACGGUAGAAUGCGACUUUUUGUAAGGACAGAAAAUUUGUGUAGUAUCAACAACAUCAGCUGGGGCACUAGUCCAGACUGGUCAUGACUCUAUUGCGUGUGUGUGUGUUUAUAUGUAUAUUAUUAUGUGCGUGUAACGAAAUAUUAUUAUUAUCAAUGCUAUUCUUCAAUCAUGUAUACAUUUGUUCUGUUGUUUUUAUAUAUUUUGUAACUUUUGUUUUUAAAUGUAUAAACAAACAAAAUCUGUAACAUUGGUGAAAGAAAAGAUCUGCAACUUCUGUCGAAUGGAUAUUUUAGAUGGAUGCAAUGUUAUAUAUUUGAAGGGUCGACAAAAUACUUUAAAAAUCCAAUAAUUUAAUACAUGUAAAUUACAUGAUGCAUAUACGCCUGUAUUGCCAUGGUUUUUAUCAUUGUACUAUUAUCAUUGGAAAAAAAAAACUUUCGUGAAUGAAUGUGAAUAACCUGAAAAGAUAUGUUCAUCACCCGUCGGUCUUCUUUUCUUCAUCAUAAUUUCGAUUCUUUUUGAAGAAAUGCCAUGCUUUACAUCGCAUUGACUUUCUGCUUUUGACAUAAAUAAAACUAAAAACUAAUGAUACUUAUCUGACAUAUGAACUUCACGUAUUAUUGGAUGAAUUACCUUAUCUAUAUAUUUUUUCCUUUUAUUAAAAAAGGGCAAUUACUAUACGUACCAUGUCUAUAGUAUUGAGAAAACACUUCUUAAGCAAUAUUUUAUCACACAUUAGACGAAAAUUGCAAAAAUAAAACUUGACCAUAUUAUUCUA